ACCCAGGACCCCUGCCUCUAUAAAUCCUAAGCGAGAGGACCCGCCGCCAUCAUCUGGUCCGUCCCCAACUCGCCAGUUUACCCCAGCCGCCGCAAGCAGGGACAGAAGGAGCUCGUGCGUGCGCGCGCUCCGCCCCCGCCGACGCAAUGAGGGCCAAGUGGAAGAAGAAGAGAAUGAGGAGGCUCAAGAGGAAGCGCCGAAAGAUGAGGCAGAGAUCUAAGUAGGCGCAUCUUGGGGCUGAGGGAGGGGAGCUUCACCUGCACCAUGGCUGCUUAGCUGUAGAUGUUGGUGAUGUAAACCAUCCUUGGUCGGUUAAUUCUACUAGCUCGUUGUUAAGAGUCCAGCCCAUGUUCUGAGACUGGGUUUAUUGUAAUGUGAGGAUAAUCAUAUGUUGCUUUGUGACUGAUGUUAAUGCCGUUAAAUGAGAUUCCUGGUGUUUAAAUUUAUUUGUCCUUUCGCUUAGCUUAUCUGCAGAAUCUUUAGCUUUUCAGCAGUGUUUUACUCACAAUAAAUCAGUGAAGAGUAUUUUAAGCUAUGGCUUUUUCAGAUAAGCAAACAGUUUGGCCUACAGUUGGUCAAGUCUUGUGCAUUGAGGAUUGAUAGUUGAUUCCUUUCCCUGUGCAGAGAUUUUUCUCGCAUUCAUCUUGUGCCGGUUAUUGAACAGUGUUGUUUGGUAAAUUUUCAUUUGGUCUUCUCAGUUCGCUAUCCAUGGAUGGAUUGGAUAUUGAAUAUUCAGAAUACGGAUAGAUAUAAACCUCUUUAAAUGAAUUUGGUCACGAAUACGGUCGAAAAAUAUCGAUACUGUUUUCAUCCCUAUCGGCUAUCGCUAUCAUAUGGUUGUGUCAAUUGAACUAGCACUAGCACGCAAUUUUGUUUCACUACUCUUCCUAAAUUCGCUUGUUCAUCCUGUUAUUUUUGCUUGUCAGCAAUCGUAAUUUCUGAAAUUGCAAUUUGUGUCUUUGACUUGAUUAUUGAAUUGAGAAAUUGACACAUUUUUGGUUCCUGAAAUCCUUGCCGCCUUCAGUGAACCAGUGGCGGUGACUGGUGAAGUGAAGCAAGCAGAUGAGGUGCGACAGGGCUGGCCUUGCACCUGCACCACUCCCUUAUCCCCCGCUGGGGCCCUACCAUGUCCGUCUUUGUUCCUGGCCCUGCACUACAGCUGAAACUUCUCAAUUCCUUAAUCCAUGGAGGCCAUGGCCAGGCCAAGUGUAGCUCCGUCGUUGCAGCCCCGCCCGUGCCCGAGGCCGCACCGGAACAGCUGCCCACCUUCCUCCAUGCGACGGAGAGUUGCUUGCUCGGCCUCGGCGGCCGACGCCGACGUGGUCGACCUCUUCGACGCCGCUAAGCUCACUGUGGACAAGUUCGUGAGCAGCGGCAUGGUGGUGGGGCUUGGCUCCGGCCCGGCGUCCGCCCUGGCGAUCCAGUACCUUGGCACGCGCCUCCGCCGGGGAUCUCUCACCGGCAUCACCGCAGUGACCUCGUCCGUGCUCAGUGCGAACGAGGCAGACAUGGCAGGGAUACGGGCUAGCAGCUAUCAGGAAGGCACCCAGAUUGAUUUUGCUUUCACUGAUGCUGAAGUGAUCGAAGAGGGCACCCUGGCUGCUGUCAUCGGGCGGCGAAAGACGGAGAGCGGAGAGCCCUCUUUCAUGGUGGAGAAGGCAAUGGCUAAGUCAGCUGACAAGCUUGCCUUCAUCACUGGGCACGACAAGUACGUGACGGGCAUCGAGGGUUCUAUCCCGGUCCUGGUUAAAAGUGGAAACUGGAUAGACACCGCCGAAGAGAUUGAUGAUUUGUUUCUAGGAGAUGCAGAGGUUUGGAGGAGGCCAUCGUUUGGAACUGCCGGGCCACUGGGGGGUGACCACCCAUUGGUUACCAAGGAGGGCCAUCACGUACUCGAUGUUAUCUUCACAACUCCAAUCUCAGAUCUUGGUCAGGUAGCAGAGAAGUUGGACAAAAUUGAUGGCGUUGUGGAUCAUGGGAUCAUUUGCGGCAACCAAUCAUAUGCUGUCAUUGCAUCCAAAGGGGAAGUUCAGGUCCUGGACGAGAAAUCUUCAGUGAUACAGUAGCGGCGAAACAUUUUGAGUUGCUCUGCAGAUUGAUGCGCUUUCCUCCAUGUUUCGGAACAAGAGUCUACUGCAACUACCAGUUAAUCAUGUACAACUUUGUUCACCACCUGGCAAUUCUGUCAACAACAGUUGAAGUCCAUGUCUCGAAUAAUCUUUUGUACUAGUAUUCAGUUCACCAUAUUCGAUGAAUGAGGCAGAACUACAGCUACAACUACUCACUACUCUACUAGGGUUUCAGGAGUUCAUCUCAUUGAGAACCUAUUAUAUACCAAGCCACCAGCUUAAAUACAUGGCGCGGUGUAUAAAUUAAGACAAGCCUUAAUAAUGCUUAUUAGUGUUUGGAAAGAGAAAGAUAAUAGGCGCGGGAAUAGAUGGAUUGGAGAUGGGCUGUCGGAUGAGAGAUCGAUGUUGCCUAGAGAGCCAAUGAACCGUUGCAUAGGAAUUUUGGAGGAUUUGUAAGUUGUAAUUCUUUAGGAAAAUGUCCUAUAUGUUCAUGUGGAAUAAUGAAUUAAACCCUAUGAAGUUACUUUGGAAUACUA